AAAAACAUCGCCGAGUUAAUCAUAUCUGCAUUUUGAUAUAAAAGUUAAUAUCAAGUUACACUGGCACCUUGUUUUGGUUAUAGCUCAAUACAAUGUUGUUGUACGUAAAUGUAUUGAUUUGUUUGGCUAUUGCUUUUAUAAGUUAUUUCUUUUGGAACUGCUACCAAAAAGUGUUUUUUAUAAAAAAAUUAGAUAACGUACCAGGACUAAAAACAUUGCCACUUAUUGGUAGUUUCUAUCAUCUUCUGAAAAAUUUUGAAGAUUUUCUAGAGGUUUUAGUAAAUAUACUUCAAGAUUAUCCAUCUCUUUGUCAAGUUUGGAUAGGCAGCAAGCUUUUAAUUGGUAUAUCCUCACCAGAUAUAGCAAAAUUUGUCUUAAACAGCAAAAAUUGUAUAGAUAAAGCUAGUCUCUAUAAACUCGUACCUCCAGUGUUUGGAAUGGGAUUACUUACUGCUCCUGGUAAGUUAUAUACAAGAGUAAAACACUAAACAAAUUGCAAGUUU